AGAAUUCGAAUUCACUGAUGCAAUCAUCUGAUGCCAGAUUUGUUACCCAUUUUUUUUCUAAUCAAUCAGAUUGAUUAGUUUAUUUGAACAGAAAAAUUAAUCAUGUCAACAAGUAUAGAUCAAUCGAUGGCAAUAAUGGAAAUUGUUCAAUCGAUCAAUCAGGCCAUUACUUCAAAUAAUUUAGCGCAGUUUAAAGAAAUCAUUGAACCAUAUGGCAAUGAUAUUAAUCAAUAUAUUAUCGAAGAUGAUGAAUCGGAUACACAAAUGAAUAUAUUGCAUAUAAUAGCAUCACGUGAAAAUUCAAUAGAUGUUGAUAUUCGAUCGAAUAUAUUUCAUAAAUUUAUCGAUAUUAUGCGUGGUUAUGAUCAUUUUGAUAUCGAUUAUCGUGCAUCGAUUGAUGGUCAAUAUAAUAUGACAGCUGCACAUAUUGCUAUUCAAUGGCAAAAUAUAUCGAUGCUUAAAGCAUUAAUUUUUCAUGGAACAGAUCUUUUAAUUUGUGAUUGUAAUGGACAAAAUGUACAGGACUAUGCCCGGAAUGUUGGAAAUGAUCAAUUGUUUCAAUUGGUUAAACAAUCUAUUUAUGAAUCGAUUGAAUCACGUUUAGAAUUUUCACGUCCAAAUCCAUAUAAUCAUUAUGAUCAUAAUGAAAAUGAAAAUGAUUAUUAUUAUGCUGUACGUCGACCUGUUGCACAAGAUAAUGUUGAUGAUUAUAAUUAUCAAAUUGAUAAUGAUGAUGAUGAUGUUAAUAGUUCUUUAGCUCAUCAAUCAUCAUCAUCGGCAAUAUCAAGUAUGGACUAUCCAAAAUCUCCAUCAAUUGGUCGACAAAGUUCGGCAAAUCUUUCAUCAAUUUCACUCAAUCAAUUGCCAGUUGAUCGUUUCAAUUCGAAUAUAUCGAUUGCAACAUUACCAUCGGAAGCAAAUUCCACAUCAUCAUCAUCGUUUCGUAGUUUUCAAGAACUAUUAAAUCAAGCAUUCUAUCAUCAUCAUCAUCAUCAUUCAUCACAACAAAUUGUGGCCACUACCAAUAAUGAUUCGAAUAUCAACAAGAAUGAUGAUAAUCAUCGUAAAGAUGAAUCAACAAUGGUCAAUGAUAAAGAUAAAAAAUCUAUUAUCAAUAAUAGUUUCGAAACCGUUACUGUAUGGAAAGAUGAUGAUUUACCCGAAGAAAUUAAUCGUUGGUCAAAAGAUGAAAUUACAAGUCGUACAAGAUUAUUGGAUAAUGAAAUAAAAAUAAUGAAAAGUGAAUUGAUGCGUGUUAAUCAUGAAUUAAAUUCACAGAAAGAAAAAAUUCGUGAAAAUACUGAAAAAAUUAAAGUAAAUAAAACAUUACCAUAUUUGGUAUCGAAUGUUAUCGAAUUAUUGGAUAUUGAUCCACAAGAUUUAGGUGAAGAAGAUGGUGCAAAUGUUGAUUUGGAUGCACAACGUAAAGGUAAAUCGGCUGUAAUUAAAACAUCCACUCGACAAACCUAUUUUCUACCGGUAAUCGGUUUGGUUGAUCCGGAAAAACUUAAACCAGGCGAUCUAGUUGGUGUUAAUAAAGAUUCAUAUCUAAUUUUGGAAACAUUACCCGCCGAAUAUGAUUCACGUGUAAAAGCAAUGGAAGUUGAUGAACGUCCAACUGAACAAUAUAAUGAUAUUGGUGGCCUAGAAAAACAGAUUACCGAAUUAAUCGAAGCAGUUGUAUUGCCAAUGACACAGAAAGAAAAAUUUGAAAAAUUAGGUAUAUCACCACCAAAAGGUGUAUUAUUAUAUGGUCCACCAGGAACCGGUAAAACAUUAUUGGCUCGUGCAUGUGCUGCACAAACAAAAUCAACAUUUUUAAAAUUAGCUGGUCCACAACUUGUACAGAUGUUUAUCGGUGAUGGAGCGAAAUUAGUACGUGAUGCAUUUGCAUUGGCCAAAGAAAAAGCACCGGCAAUCAUAUUUAUCGAUGAAUUGGAUGCAAUCGGUACUAAACGUUUUGAUAGUGAAAAAGCUGGUGAUCGUGAAGUACAACGUACAAUGUUAGAAUUAUUAAAUCAAUUGGAUGGUUUUAGUUCAAGUACGGAUAUAAAAGUUAUUGCUGCAACAAAUCGUGUUGAUAUACUUGAUCCGGCAUUAUUACGUUCCGGACGUUUAGAUCGUAAAAUUGAAUUUCCAACACCAAAUGAACAGGCACGUGCACGUAUUUUGGAAAUACAUUCACGUCGUAUGAAUGUUGAUCAAGGUGUUAAUUUUGAUGAAUUAUCACGUUGUACUGAUGAUUUUAAUGGUGCACAAUGUAAAGCUGUUUGUGUUGAAGCCGGUAUGAUUGCAUUACGACGUAAUGCAACCGUUAUUAAUCAUGAAGAUUUUAUGGAUGCAAUUAAUGAAGUUGCAGCAAAGAAAAAAGCUAAUCUUAAUUAUUAUGCCUAAAAAUGAAUGAAUGAUGGAUUUUUGUAAAUUUUUUUUAAAAUUGUCAAGAAAUUAAAAUUUUUUUUUUUAAACUGAA